UAAUAUCACUAGACAGUCUCUUAUGAUUUUAGGAUUAAAUACAAAUAAAUUUUAAGAGUAAAAGAAAUAUUUCCCAUCUGUGUUACUCUUGAGACUGAAGCAAACCAAGAAUUUGACAAAAAUUGCAAUAUACGUUUGUUUGUGUAGCGAAAUGAAUUGUUAGGGCACAACAUUAGAAUAUGAAUUUUCUUGAGUUUCAACGGUCAAAUCAUAUUUGAAACAGAAAUAGAAUUCAAUGACUUGAGCGUUGAACUUGGAGCAAUUCAUUAAAUUUUAGACUGAAGCGUAUUCAGUGUGCAUGUGAUAUUUUCACAGUAUUUCAGUAUGAUCAGUAUUCCUUGAGCCAAAGUUGGAAAUAAAAUUGAUUUAUCAUUUACAACGAAGUCGACAAUUUUAUGAUAGCACGGUCAAGUGAAAACCAAAUCCUUAAAUUGGCUAGAUUCUUUAGCAAGCGAUUUAUUAUAUUUGGAUGAUAGUGUUACAAUCGAAACUUUACCUCCUCGAGUACAAGUUUAUUAUUAAAUUUAAUCACCAAGAAUGUCCAUGCUCAAGAUAUUGUUCACCAAGUACCCACUGGUGCGAGGUAUGGUCUCGUACAGUUUAAUAUGGCCAACUAGUGCGCUGAUUCAACAAACAAUUGCUGGCAAAACAUGGGAAAAUUAUGACUGGAAAAAAUGUGUUCGAUUUAGUCUAUACGGAGGGUUAGUUGUCGCUCCUACAUUGUAUUGCUGGAUCAAAAUUGCAAGCACGCUUUGGCCCACAACUUCUUUUAAAACUGCCGUUUAUAAGGCUAUAGUUGAGACGUUCUCAUACACUCCGUUUGCGAUGACAGCCUUCUAUUUUGGGAUGAGCAUUUUGGAGAACAAAACUAUUGACGAGGCAACCAACGAAGUAAAGACGAAAUUUUGGCCCACAUACAAGGUUGCUGUAUGUGUAUGGCCAUUGGUUGCAAUGGUUAACUUUUCAUUAAUUCCUGAGAGAAAUCGGGUGCCGUUUAUCAGUAUUUGUAGUCUGCUGUGGACAUGUUUCCUGGCUUAUAUGAAGCAAUUAGAAAUGAUGCGAGAACGUGAACAGGAAGCUCGGUCGCAUCAAUGAUUUAUUAACCGUGUAAAUCAUAGAUUAGACGUAAAUAAAAUUUGUUAAAAAGCCUUUGUAACUAACUUGGAAGUCAUUAAAUUCUACCCGAUAUUUUGAGCGUACACGUCGUCGAUCCAUU